AAACACAUGCAACACUAUUUCCUUGCCCCAAAGAAAGCAGGAUUCUUUUCAUUCUGGAUGUAUUCUCCCUCUAAAUUCUAUUCCCUUUUCCCUCAUCAAUCCCUAGAAAGAUUAGAUAACAAGGUAAGAAUGUAGGUGACUCAAAAGUAUUGCAAUGGAGAAGUAGAGAGAGAGAGAGAUUUCUCUCCCCUCUUCCAUUUCCUCCCUCCCUCGGAGAGAGAGUGAGAGAUUUCUCUCUCCUCUUCCAUUUCCUCCCUCCUCCUCUCUCUCACUCCUUGCUUGGCCCCAUCAGCCGCCGUCAAAAAUCUCUUCCUUACUUCCUUUUCAAAUAUACCAUGAACUAGAGUUAAACAUUUUUCAUUUGAUUACUAUUCGCAUUAUAGUAUAUGAUCUCAUGCAAUCUUAUUAUUUAUAUAAAGACACACCAUCAUAUAUUUUCCCCAAAAUUUGCAGCCUCCAGAGUGAGCAUUCAAGAGCAAGACAUCUCUCGAUUACUUUUACACAAACUAACAAUUUAUAGUACCCUUUUCCAUUAUUGCUCCUCCUUCAAUGAUGCUUUCUACCACCUGCAUUCUCUUACUCUCUCUCUUAACCACUCUCUCUCCUCUUGUCAGAGCCACCCACAAUCUCACCCUCCCCCACCAUCCACACCCCAACCCUGAAGCCGUUGUUCAAGAAAUCCAAAGGAGACUCAAUGUAUCUAUAUCCAGAAGACAAACACUAUCCUCCACCGAAUCAAAGGACCAGCUCUCAUGCCUCACCGGCAACCCCAUCGACGACUGCUGGAAAUGCGACCCUAAUUGGGCCACCAACCGCCCCCACCUAGCUGACUGCGCCAUCGGCUUCGGCCAGGCCGCGCUCGGCGGCAAGGGCGGCGCUAUCUACGUUGUCACAGACUCCUCCGACCAUGACCCAUCCAACCCAACCCCAGGCACACUCCGUCAUGCUGUGAUUCAAACCGAACCCCUCUGGAUCAUUUUCUCCACCAACAUGGUUAUCAAACUCAAGCAUGAGCUCAUCGUCAGCAGCUUCAAGACUAUCGACGGCCGUGGCGCUAAUGUGUACAUCACCGGUGGUGGGUGCAUUACGCUCCAGUACAUCACCAAUGUCAUAAUCCACAACAUCCACAUCCACCACUGUGUUCCCUCGGGCAACACUAACAUACGGUCGAGUCCAACCCACGUAGGGUUUAGAGGCAAAUCAGACGGUGAUGGGAUAUCCAUAUAUUCGUCUAAGAACAUCUGGAUCGAUCAUUGCUCGUUGAGUUACUGUACGGACGGUCUGAUUGAUGCGAUAAUGGGGUCCACGGGGAUCACGAUAUCGAAUAGCUAUUUUUCGCAUCAUGAUGAGGUGAUGCUAUUGGGGCAUGAUGAUCGGUACUUGGGCGAUUCGGUGAUGCAGGUUACCAUAGCUUUUAAUCACUUCGGUGAGGCGCUGGUGCAGCGUAUGCCUCGGUGUAGACACGGGUAUAUACACGUGGUGAAUAAUGAUUUUACGGAAUGGAAAAUGUAUGCUAUCGGUGGUAGUGCUAGCCCGACCAUCAAUAGUCAGGGCAAUCGCUAUAUGGCGCCGUCUGACCCAGACGCCAAGGAGGUGACCAAGCGCGUGGAGACGGACGAGAACGAGUGGACGAAUUGGAAUUGGAGGACGGACGGAGAUGUAUUGGUGAACGGAGCAUUCUUCGUGCCCUCCGGCCAAGGACUCAGCACUCAGUACGCGAAGGCCUCAAGCGUGGAGCCCAGGUCCGCUGGGCUCAUUGACCAGCUCACCAUGACCGCUGGUGUCCUCGGUGAUCAGCCCAGGGACACUAGUGCAGGCGUCACAUAUCCCGGAUUCAGUGCUGCUGGUGGGACCAGCACCGUCGACAACAACGGAGGCGGUGGUGCGGGGUCCAGUGGCGAUGACGGCUACGACUUUGGAAUGAUAUUCGGGAGCGGCGCACCACCACCCUCAUCCACAACCACCACCCUCUUUUUGUCUCUCAUUAUUACCUUAAUUUUGUACAUUACCACCAACCAUGAUGCUCUAUUAUCAUUACCCCAAUUAUUAUCAUUAUAGAAAUUGGAUAUUUAUUUUUGAAAGAAGAAAUAUAUCAAGAAAAUUUGAUAA